AUCUUAAUUAAGAGAAAGAGGAAGUCUUAGGUUUGUGUAAUAGUUAUUUGUUUUGUGAGGAAACCUUACAGAAAAAAUUCAUAUUAUUUGUAAAGUAUGACAUGAAAAUGAAGAUCCGAACUCCAUAUGUAUUAUUUUCUGCUUUUGGGGCAGUUGGAGGUGGUGUUAUAUUAAUUAAAGAAUACUUAAGUGGACCAAGAUAUGAAGGAAAAGAAAAACUAGAUGGCAAAUCAGUUGUAAUCACUGGAGCAACUGAUGGAAUUGGAAAGGAAACAGCAAGAGAUCUAUCCAAAAGAGGAGCUAAAAUAUUUCUGGCAUCGCGGAAUAUGGAGAAAUGUGAAGAAGUGCGCAAGGAAUUGGUUCUUGAGACUGGCAACAAAUUCAUCUAUUGUAGAAAAUGUGACCUUGCAUCUCAAGAAUCCAUCAAAAGUUUUGCUUCAAGAUUUAAUUCUGACGAGUCUAGAUUGGAUAUUCUUAUUAAUAAUGCUGGGGUAAUGCGCUGCCCUCGCAGUUUAACUUCCGAGGGAAUUGAGAUGCAAAUAGGGGUAAACCAUUUUGGCCAUUUCCUUCUCACCCACCUAUUACUGGAUAAACUUAAACAAACAGCACCUAGUCGGAUCAUCAACGUUUCCAGUGUGGCACACCUAAGAGGGAAAAUAGAUUUCAACGAUCUUAACUCAGAAAAAAAUUACGAUCCUACCAAAGCUUAUGAACAGAGCAAAUUAGCCAAUGUACUUUUCACGCGCGAACUAGCUAAGCGCCUCGAAGGUUCCGGUGUGACCGUGAACGCCUUACAUCCAGGAAUCGUGGAUACAAAUAUUGCCCGCCACAUGGAUUUUGUCAAUAGUUGGUUUGCUAGCAUCUUUCUUAAGCCACUUGCAUGGCCUUUUAUCCGUACGCCUGAAAGAGGAGCGCAGACAACUCUUUAUGCAGCACUUGACCCCUCCCUUGCGAAUGUAACCGGGAAAUAUUUCAGUAACUGUGCUGAAAGUUACGUUGCACCCCAAGCUAUGGAUGACGAUGCGGCGCGUAAGUUGUUUGUAACCAGUUUAAGAUGGACGCGUCUUCAUUAAGAUAAAAACAAUAAUAAAUUUUUAAUUUUAUUUUCUGUCGUUUCAACAAAAUAUAGAACAUUUUAAACUUAA